AUUAUUUACAUAUUAUUUGUACACAUGCAUGAGUUAUGUAUACUCGCAUACGCAUACGAAGUUAAGAGAAGCAUUGCAUCCAAUGGCAUUACAUUAAUACAAGAUGCUGUUGGAAGUAUAGACCCCAUAGAAGCAUCAAAUCGAUUUGUCAGCUUGCUUGCAGCAAAGCAUUCACCCCAUUUGUGUUUCCUCCUCCUCCUCCCCUCUUCAUUGGCAUGAAUAUCCAAUAUCAUACCUCAAUAUCUUUACAGCUACACCGAAGCCUACUGACCAACUAACCUAGUACAAAGGCAACAUGGCAGAAGCCCCUAUUGUGGUAUUUAUCAGUGGUGUUAGCAGAGGUAUUGGGAGGGGGUUAGCGACAGCCUACCUCUCGAGACCAAACCACGUUGUGAUCGGGAGCGUUCGCGAUCAUUCCACCCCAGAAGUCGUCGCAUUAAAAUCAACGCAGCCUGCCAAUGGCUCCAAGUUACUCCUCGUGAAGAUUGAAAGCACCUCGUUGACCGAUCCAGCUACAGCUCUAGAUGACAUAAGGAAUGCCGGAAUUGAGUACAUAGACGUCGUCAUUGCCAAUGCUGCGACUGGAGGCAAAGAACCAUUUGCGACAACCGACACUGCUACAAUGGAAGACAUGGCGACCGUUUACCAAACCAACACGAUCGGACCGUUUCUCCUAUAUCAGACAUUCAAGCCACUGCUACAAAAGUCGACGCGGUCGCCCAAAUGGAUUUCUGUCACAAGUGCGGGAGGAUCUAUUGGCAUGAUGAAGGCAAUACGAUCGCAAAUUUCCGUUGGGCCACAGUACUGUGCAUCGAAAGCAGCGCUGAAUUGGCUUACCGUGGCUAUACAUCUUCAGAACGAAUGGCUCAUCUCUGUUGCGCUACACCCGGGUCUUGUUAUGACGGACAUGGGCCAUCUGUUAGUUGAAAAACUGGGUUCGGGAUUGAAGGAAGCAUCAUUGACUAUCGACUUCAGUGUUGAGAAAAUGAUGAAGGUGAUCGACAGUGCCACCCGUGAGGAAACCUCUGGUAAGUACAUCUGGGCCAGUGAUGGAAUCAAUGACGGGAUUGAGAUGCAAUGGUAGUAAGCUAAAGACGGGAGACAAUCUAGUAUAUUUACGUAGGUCUUUAUUAAGAGACAAAUGGUACAGAAUAUUAAAGACUAAGUUGUUUCCAUCGGUCCAGUCCGUGGAAAUAGUUGCCACAAAUCAUAAUGUA